GAUGUGCUAUAAAAGGAAGAGGCAAUACCCCAUUUUGGUAUAUCAAACCAAAUUUACAAGAUAUAUAGAUAUUUGUUUGUCAAGAAAAUGGAAAAAAAGGUAUCCGACCUUCUUUCAUCAACAUGGGAAGCAGAUGAUCAUCAACAUUCGACUGAGAAAACACUCAAACUAUUCGGGUUUGAGCUACGUCGUCCUUGUGGGGACGAAAACACGGCCGCCAGCGGCCAUUUGAAGUCAGCCGCCGAAGGGGACGAAAGCAUAAAUUCAUCAUCAACAACGACAACAAUGGAAAAGCAGAAUCUAAAUAGAGAGUCGUCGUUGGUGAAGAAAUUCGAGUGUGAAUAUUGUUUCAAAGAGUUUGUAAAUUCGCAAGCAUUAGGAGGUCAUCAAAAUGCACACAAGAAAGAAAGAUUGAAGAAAAAAAGGUUGCAACUACAAGCAAGAAGGGCAAGAAUCAACUAUUACCUCCAACCAUAUACCACCCAUAAUCCUCAAAAUAAUAAUAGAAAACUUGGCAUGAAUAAUUAUAAUUUCGAUUUUCAUUACGGUCCUGAUGCAGAAAUGUUGGAGUCGUCUAAUAUUAGUUUUAGUCCAUACGAUUAUGAUGAUAUAUUGACCACGUAUAAUAAUCACCCAAACAAUUUUACUCUUACGCAUGUAGAUAGCUCAAGAUCUUCGGCAGCAGGAGGGAAAAAAGUUGUUGUCAUGAAACAACAACAAAUUAGACCAGCUGCUGCUGAUGCAGUCGUAGUUGAUCAUAACUACUAUGCUACAUCGGCAGCUGGUUAUAAAAAUAAUAAUUUAGAUCUUCAAUUAAGUUUAAGCUCAACUCCAACGUAGUAUAUAUAGUAGCUAGCUUCACCAUGAUAUACUAGCUAGCCAGCUAACGUACGUACGGUGUACUCUACUCUAUAGGUAUAGGUAUAUAUUACUAUAUGUAUGUAAUUUUAUUCGUUAGCUA